AUGUUGAAGGUUCUGAGUUCUGUGUUGGUUCUUUUGAUGACCUCAGGUCAUUAUUUGGGCUUAGAAAUUAACCUACCCGAAUUAGAGAAUGGUGGAGUCCACUGGGCGUUGCUGGUAGCCGGUUCCAAUACGUGGUCGAACUACCGUCAUCAGGCUGACAUCUGCCACGCCUACCAAGUUCUGCACAAGAAUGGAAUUCCAGACGAAAGAAUCGUGGUCAUGAUGUACGAUGAUAUCGCAAACAACCGCAUGAACCCAGAGCCAGGUAAAGUAAUCAACAAACCGAACGGUGUCAACGUCUACGAAGGAGUACCAAAGGAUUACACUGGAGAUGAUGUGACCCCAAGUGUUUUCCUGAACGUCCUCCAAGGCAAGAAAGAGGCCCUGAAUGGCCAUGGCAGCGGUAAAGUUAUUGCCAGAAGAAUGAACAGCCAAGUUAAACUUCGACAAGAUUUGAUCAUGGAAGUAAAAAGCCGUAAAAGCAUACCGCAGGCAUUUUGUCCGGCAUUUUAA